CAACUGGAGGCGAGAACGACAGAGAGAGGAGAGAUGGAGGGAGGGAUGCUGCUCUCCUCCUCGCUCUCCAGCCGCUCAAACCAAGCAGGAGGCAUCAGCGUCCGCCACGCAGCUUUCCUCACCUUUCCACUGACAGAACAUCUUUGGGCGCCCUGGCUCGGACAUGUAAAGUGAAGACAUGGCCGACAGAGGGACGUGCGGUGAAGGAGGAGGCGAGGACGGCACAGAGGUGGGAAGCAGAUCCUCUCCUCGUGUUCUCCUGCCAACGGGCGGCUCGGUGGGCACUAAGAGGAAUCUGUCCAGGGGGAUUGUGAUCCACCUGACUGGUACUGAAGGGGAGUGGGACAGCCUAGAUGAUGAUGAGCUCGUUUUCUCCCUGGACCACGGCGAGGACUUCGUCUCUAAAGCUCUCCCUAAGGAACGUCUGCUUUCUGCAGAAGACGAGAAAGGCUUGAAGUGGCAGAACUUUUUCGUCCCUCUCUCUCCGUCCUCCCCGGGUUCUCUGGGGAACUGCUCGGCAGCGGGCCCCAGCUUCCUCUCCCCCGCCUCCUCCUCGCCCGGCCCGCGGCCCCCGCCGUGCCUCGUCAAGUCGCUGUCAACCGAGCUCGAGCCGAAGGAGGGUUCUACUCUCAGACCCAAGCCCUUCCUCAACCUGGUGAAGUCCAUCUCCACAGAGCUGUCCCGCUCUGAACCCGAGGUGUCGCAGUCCAGAUCAGACUCCCGCCUCAACCUCCACCUGUGGAAGCAGCUGACCCGCACCGGGGGGGACUCCCGCACCGCCCCGCCCUCCCCCAGCACGCUCUCCCCCAGCGCCGAAGGCUUGAAGGGGGGCUUCUUCAAGAUGGAGCUGGAGGACACCAAGAGGAAGCUCUCUGAGGCCAUGCACGAGCCUCUGAGCAGCAUGCUGAGUAAGAUCAUGGGGGAGGAAGGCGGCGGCAGCCCCAAACACCACAGCAGGGCCACGGCGGCUCCUCAGAGCGGCUGCAGGAGUCUGGGGAGGGACGGCAGCACAGACACCGUCUUCUCAGAUUCUCCUGUGAGGAGAGCAGACGCUGAAGUUCUUCCAGUCUUUGAAUGGCCUUCAAGAGUUCAGCGUGGCCUGUGUCCUGUGCAUCACCCAGAGGAGGAGCUGGAGAUAUGCUCUGAUGGUGACACCAUGCAGGUGUUUGCUGUAGAAACCCUCAGACGGACAAAGACCGCUACGUCCUGCCGUGUUCCUCAGCCGCCGCCUCCUCUGCCUCAGACGGCUUUGUUGUGUGUGGCGCUGCUAGCUUACGGCUAUUUCACCCUUCCUCUCAGUCCGUACCUCGCCGGCCUUGCUUUGGGACUGGCUCUGGGCUUUUUGCUCGGCCUCUUCCUCAUUCGCAUUGGUUCCUGCGGUUCUGAUCGCCGGCCGUCUGCUCACAGACCAGCGGGAAACGCAGACGGCUUCAUCGGCGCGGCGCCGGACAGCCUUAAGGGCUGGAUGAAUGAAAUCCAUGAUUAUGACCCAGAAACCUGCCAUCCAGCUCUGACUCAGUCCGUCUUCGCCACCCUGGAGGGCUCCUGUCUCCGCCUGGACUCCCCACGCACCAACAUCAGCCGGAGGGCCACGCAUGACGAGAGGCUCCAGGAGACCGCCUUCAUAAAGUCCCGCUGCUUUCAGCUGGCAAAGAGCAAAGUCUUCCUGCUGCCGCCUGCGUUGGCUCGGAAGAGAGUCUGGAACCCCAAAUAUCCCAUCUGCAUCCAGCUGCAUGCCGGAGGCGGAGCCUCUCCAGGUGAGGAAGACGCAGAGCAGGUGGAGAAGGCUGCAGCUGACCGAGCAGCUGACCGAGCAGCAGCUGACCGAGCAGCAGCUGACCGAGCAGCAGCUGACCGAGCAGCAGCUGACCGAGCAGCCCCCAUAAGGCCAGCCAGCACAGCUCCAGUCAGACUCUUCCUCUUUGGACGGACCGGACGGGAGAAAGAGGAGUGGUUCCAUCAUCUCCUGCUGGCAUCCAAGGACGGCGAGGCGGAGAAGGAGCGGGACGAGCAGAGACCCGGCAGAUGUUUGACCAGAGCGGACGAUCCAGCUCCCAGCAUCCAUGGCCCAGGCAGCUCCAGCAGGGCGGGCAGCAGCGACGGCGACGCCCCGUCCUCACCUGCAGCCUCCAGGCCGCCGUCUGAGCUCGACUACCUCGGCUACAUGGAUCGGCUGCUGGCUGCAGAUGAGGCCACCCCCCUGCCCAGUCCGCCGGCCGGCAGCGCAGAGGCAAGCCCCGCCCUGACGGCAGACAGCGUCUCUCGCUGCACCUGCGAUCAGGUGAAGCCCCCAGACGUCAGCCAGACCGCCUGGGCCAACGCCUUCAUCGGCCGAGUCCUCUGGGACUUCCUGCGAGAGAAGCACUGGGCCGACGCCGUCUCCCACAAGAUCCAGAAGAAGCUGAGCAGGAUCAGACUGCCGUACUUCAUGAACGAGCUGACGCUGACGGAGCUGGACAUGGGCCGCUCUGUGCCGCAGAUCCUGGCCGUCUCCAGACCGCAGGUCAACCACAGAGGCCUGUGGGUGGAGCUGCAGCUGCUCUACACUGGUAACCUGCAGAUGACUCUACAGACCAAGUUCAACCUGUCCAAGCUGGGCAAAGAGGCCAAUCAGGACGCAGCGCACUGCUUUACGGAGACGGGAGGCCCAAGCCGGCCCGUCCUCAGCGUGUUGGCAGACAGUGAUGAAGAGUCCUCCAGUGCUGCUUCGUCUGAUGAAGAGGAGCUCCUGCUCUCUGAGCCCCACUCUUCAGCCGGGGAGAAAAGCUCAGCAUCAGCAGCUGACGGGCCCGGCGGAGGAAAGACCGGCAGGAAGAUUUUGAGAUUUGUGGACAAAAUCGCUAAAUCCAAGUGCUUCCAGCGCGCCGCGGAGAGCGAGUUCAUCAAGAAGAAGUUUGAGGAGAUGUCCAACACCCCCCUGCUGCUGUCUGUGGAGGUCAGAGAGCUGUCUGGGACCCUGGUGGUGAACAUCCCAGCGCCCCCUACUGACAGGAUAUGGUACAGCUUCUGCGUGCCGCCCAAACUGGAUCUGCACGUCUGUCCCAAGCUGGGGGAGCGAGAGGUGACCUUCUGCCACGUGACUGAGUGGAUCGAGAAGAAGCUGCAGGAUGAGUUCCAGAGAGUUUUUGUGCUGCCAAACAUGGACGACAUCUACUUACCCCUGAUGCAUUCUGGGAUGGACUACCUGCACGCCUGCAAGUCCCAGAGCUCCUCCUCGGAGUCCGUAGAGAACCGGACCUGAAACGGGUCGGGACUAACUCCAGUGCCUGACCGUGAAACAGAAGCUCGGCUAAAUGGUCGUAAUGACCCUCGGGUCUGAACCAGGACCUGCUAAAGUUCUGGUUCUCUGGAAACUAACUGGAAGGAAAAGAACCGGUCUAAGUUUACAUGUGAAUAAUCCCUGUGAGAUUCUAUUUAUCUACUGAUCUAUUCAAUAUAACCCAGAACUGUUUUUAAGAUGUGAUGCAUUCAUAAAAAACAAAUAAAGUUGUUUUAUUAAUA